AUGACUACUACUACCAUAUUGUUGCCAAAAAUAGAAAGAGAUAACUCCGACCCAACGGGACUUACAAGACAGCAAAAUGGAUUGAUGCCAAGCCUCAAGCUCUGUGAAUUAUCAACACCCAGCAAGCUUUUAAGUAAGCGUAAAAAUAGAGUCCUUUCUAUCAAGACUACAAAGAGUACUAAUAGUGGAAAGAAGAAAUUAAACUUCUCCACCAUGAUUCAGGACAUGAAGAAAUCCUGUGCUGAAAACUCUGCCUCACCCAAACGUCAUAAUGGCUUCAGAAGUCCAGGAUCCGAUAUCGAAUAUGUCUUCGCAAAGUCAAAGAUUUCAGGGAGAUCUCUUCAAGAGAAGAGCAUUUCUAAUGCUCUUGACACUAUCGGAAUCUUCCAAAUAAACCUAGGAGUAGUGAUGAAGGACUACUGUUCCAUCAGCUCCUUGUAAAUUACCAAAACUGACUUGUUUACAGUUUGUCAGCGUCCAAUAAUUUAUCCUAAUACCUUCUAAGU